AUGGACCUUGACAAUUUCGCCGAACGCUUCACCAGCCGGCUCAAGAUGGCCUGUGUCGUUUACGACAACCGAGGACUCGGGGACAGCGAUACCGGACCAGGUCAGCCCAGGCAGGAGAUUGUUCCUGAUCUCCAGGUCGCUGAUAUAUCUGAUGCCAUCACCUUUGCCCAGUCUCGAAGUGAAGUCGAUCCAGAGAGAAUUGGUAUCUGGGGAAGCUCUUACAGUGGCGGGCAUGUCCUCCGCGUUGACGCUCUUGAUAGACGCGUCAAGGUAGUUCUAUCUCAGGUCCCGUGCCUGAAUGGAUGGGACAACUUCAGCCGGCUUGUGCGUCCAGAUUUUGCUGAGUUCAUGGAAGGCAAUUUCCAGAAAGACCGACUCGAGAGAGCCGCCGGAAACACCCCAGCCACCGUCAAAGUGGUAGACGAGAACCCUCUUGCAUUCUCUGCGCUCCCCACGCCUGAUAGCUAUGACUUCUUCCAGAAGCUCUGGGCUCCCAAGUCAGCAUGGAAGAAUGAGGUCACGCUCAAGUCGCUGGAGCUCUUCCGGGCGCACGAUCCAUCGGCGUGGAUCUAUCGCAUCUCACCGACACCGCUCUUGAUGACGGUUGGGGAAACUGAUGUUUUGACGCCGACGGACCUAGCUCUCGAAGCCUACUCUCGAGCACGGGAGCCAAAACAGCCCUCUAUGUUGCCCGGAGGACAUUUUGACGCUUACACUGGAAACAAUUUUGAGCGAAAUGCGGCUCGGCAGAUCAAGUUCCUUAAGGACUUUUUGGGAGUCGAAGAUAAUUAG